UUAGUUUGCUGCGGUUUCCAGUGCAGCAGGUGGCGAUAUGCUCAGCUUUCCCGCACAGUUUUAAUAAUAAACGAAGAAGAAGCGACAGGAAAUAAACAAAGCCAAACAAGCUGAGAGGAGGGAAGAGCAAGGAGGAGCUCAGAUCUGCUGCACAUAGUGAUAUUAACUGCUGGUGUGAGGGGCUGAGCUCACAGGACUCAACGACAUGAUGACAACAAAGAGACUCGGGAACUUUGAGGUGGUCUGUGAGUGGGGUUCGUGCAGUUUCACGGGCCGCUCCAUGGAGGAGCUCAGCGACCACAUGUGUCUGCAUUUGAAGGACUACCUGGGGGACAACGAUGCCCUGGAGGAGCUGGAUGAAUAUGCUUGUCUCUGGAAUGGAUGUGAAUUUCUCUCCAUGGGUAGCCCUGCAGAGCUGGAGGUCCAUGCUUAUUUCCACAACUACCAUGGGAAGCUCAAGUUCAUUGGGUCACAGCUGCUCAAGUCCCGUCCAGAUCUUCCCAGCUGCAAUCAAGGCAUGCACAGCAACAAUCUGGUCCCUGAAGGAUCAGACGGAUAUGUUUGCCAGUGGGAGCAAUGUGAUUGUACAUUUAAUAAUCCUGAGUGGUUCUAUCGACAUGUGGACAACCACAUAGAAAGUGCUGAACCACAGUCUCUGCCUCAACAACAGCAGGCGCUCUUCUGCCAGUGGGCAGGCUGCGACGCCUUUUUCAAGAUCAGAUACCGUUUGAGGGAACAUAUGCGGAGCCAUACUCAGGAGCGCCUUGUCGCCUGUCCUACGUGUGGCAGCAUGUUCUCCAGCAACACAAAGCUGUUUGACCACCUGCACAGGCAAGCUGAGCCAGUAGAGACGCUGGUUUGUGAACACUGUGGGAAAGCUUUUUCCAGCGAGAGGCUUUUGCGGGAUCAUGUUCGUCAGCAUGUGAAUCAGGUGAAGUGCCCCUUUUGUGACAUGACCUGCACCACUUUGGCUGCUCUGAAGAUCCACAUCAGGUUCCGCCAUUGUGAUGAGCGUCCGUUCCCGUGCGACUUCUGUGACAAAAGAUUUAAGAACCAGCGCGAUCUGCAGAAGCACACAGAGGUUCACAAUGAGGGCACCAUGUACAGCUGUACAGUGGAGGGCUGUGAUUAUACUUGUCAUACGUUCCAAACAAUGAGCCAGCACUUCAAGAGAGUCCAUGAGGUUGGGGGAAUGGCUAAAUAUAAAUGCCAUAUCUGUGAUAAGGUGUUCUCUUGGUGUUACACUCUUACACUUCACCUUCGUAAGAAGCAUGAGCUGAAGUGGCCCUCUGGACAUUCCCGCUUUAGGUACAGGAAGGAUGUCGAUGGUUUCCUGAAGUUAAAUAUGGUGCGCUUUGAGACUGUUGAAGUGACAAAGGAGAUCAUGAAGAACAUGGCCAAGAAGCCUCAGAGCCUUCAGAAAAGUCUGAGUGGCAGCGGUCAGGACGAGAGCGCUGUUGUCACGCUGGAGAGCGGCCGAAGCUCUCCCACAGGAUCCUCCUCGCCCUCCUCCAGCUCCUCCUACUCCUCAGAGUUCUCGGGAGGUGAGGACAUGUCAUCUCAAGCCAGCCCCAGAGGCAGCGACUCUCCUGUCUACUGUGUGAUGAGCACCAUUCCUCACAUUGAGGACGAGUCUGCAGGACUGAUGCAGGAGGACUGUGAUGGUUUUGGGGCUUCCGGAGCAGUCCAGGCUCUGACGGAGGUUGCGAGGGGCCUCGGCAUGGAUGUGGUUUAAGUGUUCACUGUGCACUGGGUCAGGUGACCCACACCCAGUGUAGGCUUUAUGCAAUUAAUAAAAAUUUCUGUUAAAGUUUUUAUGAAUGGGGGAAGAGUUAAAAGCACUAGAAAGCUUGUUCCAUGAAAUGUUCUCCAGGCACUGAAUUCCGAAGACUUUAUUUUUUGUUGUGACCUUUGUUGAAUUUUAUUGUUACACAGUUAAA